AUGUCAGCCAGCCGCCGACUUCCCCCGCCAGCCGCCGAGCCUCCCCGCCAGCCGCCAGAGCCUCCCCUCCAGCCGCCAGAGCCUCCCCCGCCAGCCGCAGAGCCUCCCCGCCAGCCGCCAGAGCCUCCCCGCCAGCCGCCAGAGCCUCCCCUCCAGCCCCAGAGCCUCCCCUCCAGCCGCCAGAGCCUCCCCUCCAGCCGCCAGAGCCUCCCCGCCAGCCGCCAAGCCUCAGCCGCCAGAGCCUCCCCGCCAGCCAUGAAGCCUCCCCGCCAGCCGCCAGAGCCUCCCCUCCAGCCGCCAGAGCCUCCCCGCCAGCCGCCAGAGCCUCCCCGCCAGCCGCCAAGCCUCCCCCGCCAGCCGCCAGAGCCUCACCCGCCAGCCACGAAGCCUCCCCGCCCCAGCCGCCAGAGCCCCCGCCACGCCAGCCAAAGCCUCCCCACUGGAACCUCCCCGCCAGCCCCAGAGCCUCCCCGCCAUCCCCCAGAGCCUCCCCCGCCAGCCGCCAGAGCCUCCCCCGCCAAGCCUCCCCGCCAGCCGCCAGGCCUCCCCAGCCAGGCCUCCCCCCAGAGCUACCCGCCAGCCAAGCCUCCCCGCCAGAGCCUCCCCGCCAGCCGCCAGGCCUCCCCGCCAGCCCCAGGCCUCCCCCGCCAGCCGCCAGAAGCCUCCCCGCCAGAGCCUCCCCCACCAGAGCCUCCCGCCAGAAGCCUCCCCCCGUCUCAUGGAUAA